UGUCUCAUUUUCAAGUAUGGCCGAGUUUAAAGUUAGGGUUGCUCGCGUCGAUGAUUGCGAUGAAAUACUGCGACUUAUUAAGGGCUUGGCGGAGUUUGAGAAGAAGCUGCACCUUUUGCGGACUGAUACAGAGACUUUGAAAAGGAACGGCUUUGGUGAGGAUAAAGUGUUCCACUGUUUUGUUGCUGAAGCGAGGGACCACAAAGGAACAGACAGACCCCUGCUUGUAGGCUACCUGUUGUAUGUGUGGUGUUUCUUCUCACUGUCUGGGCGUGUGUUGUACGUGGAGGAUCUCUAUGUUGAUGAAGACUACAGGAGGAAGGGCGUUGGGUCAGCACUGUGGGCCUGUGCAAUGAAGGUCGCCUUGGACAAGCGCAGUGCACAGAUGCAGUGGUGUGUGACCGGCUGGAAUACAUCCGCCAUUAACUUCUACAAAACGUUAGGAUCAGAGAAUCUGGGGAAGAACGAGGAAUAUAUCUCAUUUAUGCUGAACAAAGACUCUAUGAAAUCUGCAUAUUCCAGGAUAUCACGCGACUGACCUCGUCAGUGUUGGAGGUAUACUUGCGAGGCCCUGUGUCCCAGGGGCCACUGGUCGUCAUUUGUGUCUUGAUUAUCAUAUUUGGUUUUGUCAAGCAAUCAGGUCAAGCAAUCGCUCAUCACACAGAAAGCCCGGGUUCGAUUCCCAACAUGGGUACAAUGUCUGACACAAGCAGGUGAAUCAGGACUACAGUACACCGACACAAUCAGGUGACCCAGGGCCAUAUUACACUGACACAAUCAGGUGACCCAGGGCCACAUUACAAUGAGACAAUCAGGUCAAUCAGGGCCACAGUGCACUGACACAAUAAGGUGAAUCAGGGCUAGAGUACACUGGCACAAUCAGGUGAAUCAGGAUCACAUUACACUGGCACAAUCAGGUGACCCAGGGUAACAGUUCACUGACACAAACAGGUGAAUCAGGGUCACAGUACACUGACACAAUCAGGUGAAUCAUGGCUACAUUACACUGACACAUUCAGGUGACUCGGGGCCACACUACACUGACACAAUCGGGUGAACCAGGGUCAAACUACACUGACACAAUCAGGUGACUCGGGGACACAGUACGCUGACACAAUCAGGUGAAUCAGGGCCAUGGUACACUGACACAAUCGGGUGAAUCAGAGCCACUGUACACUGACACAAUCAGGUGAAUCAGAGCCACUGUACACUGACACAAUCAGGCGACUCAAGGCCACGGUACGCUGACACAAUCAGUUGAAUCAGGACGACGGUACACUGACACAAUCAGGUGAAUUAGAGCCUAAGUACACUGACACAAUCAGGUGAAUCAGAGCCACAGUACACUGACACAAUCAGGUGAAUCAGGGCCACGGUACACUGACACAAUCGGGUGAAUCAGAGCCACAGUACACCUCGGCAUCUAGGGGUCAAAUCCGAAUCUGUUAAAGAAGACAGUUAAUUAUUAUCGUGCUCAUCUUUGAGAGUAUAUCAGCAGUGUCGGAAAUAACAUAUCAUCCUUACAGUGUUCCCUACCACACUUUUCUGUCACAAAAUCGAAUUAUUAAAUACCAUGUCAUUCAUGCCUACUCGCGAGUUCGACGUCUGACGUCUGACGCCUGGAGCCGUUAUCAGUUCGACGGCAUAUCGGCUCAUUCCACACCACUCGGUAUCUU